CAAAACUUCACCGGUUUUAAAUCUUCGUCAUUUUCUCGUUCUCGACAAAAAAGUACGUUUUGCUGCUCUGUUAAGAUGUCGACAGUUGGAGGACUGGCCAGACUGUUCAUUUCAAGGUCCACACGACUACUUGCGGGUAGGAAUGUAGCGAAUAGCCCUAUAGUCUCUUGUAGAUCCAGGUCUAUAUUUGCAGCAACUACACGUGGUGCCUCUCAGAAACCAAGAAUCCUCCCUGUUUCAUGUGCUUGCUCACAAGUUUGCGUUUGUCAGAUGCACAAACACACUCAAGCUGACAGUGAAAUAAUCAAAUUCCUGAAAGGUGAGAUACAGAGUGAAAGAGAUGCUGCCCCCAAGGUUCCAAUGUCAGAAUUGUUUAAGGCUGCAUUGGAUGGAACACAUGUUAAAUUAGAGAGGGAACACAAUGCAGAAAGGAUUGUAGUGUCAUUUGACAUUAAUGAAAAUACAAACCAUGAUGAAGCAAGUUUUAAUGACUCAGAUGAUGAAGGUGAAGUGGCUGGAAAGAUUGUUUCAUAUCCUUUAUUUACUGUGGAAAUUGUAAAGAAAGCUGGUAAAACACUACAAUUCUACUGUGAGUUUAACACCCAACUUGAAGAGGAACACUCUGAGGAAGAGGAGGGCCCUGAUUUGUUUUAUAUUGUCAAUGUCGCUGUUGUAGAUGGUACCAGCAAAGGGAAGACUUCCUAUUGUGCAGAAACCGAAAACAUGGAUGGUGAUCUUUAUGGCAUGCUACUUAAGAUGUUGGCUGAAAGAGGAAUUGACAACCACUUUGCUGCAUGGCUGCGUGACUAUAGCACAGCUAUGGAACAACAACAUUAUAUCAAGUUUCUUGAAGAUUUGCAAGGAUUUGUCAAACUUCAGUAAUGAGAACCAGAAAUAGUUUUAAAAUGAAAGAUCUCCUCAACUACUUCUCCUGCUGAUGGAUCCUUUGUCAAAUUUGGUACAACUGUUCACAGGCAGGCUGUGUGCUACUGUUAUUACAAGAUGCUAAGAUUUGGAUGAUUUCAAGCUUGCAUUUACAUCAGCAGGACUAGUUGGGAAAAAAGAAACCAUGCCGCAGCUUGCAUAACAAAAAUGCUGCAACCUAGACUUCUAACCAUUGUGGUAGCAGCAUACUGACUUUUUCAAAUAGGAACACUGUUUUAACAAACAAAAUUCUGUGGUGUUUUUAGUGAGUUGAUGUAGGUGUUGUUUAUUGGAUAUCUAUAAAUAUCUGUCAUGUAAGAAAUGUUCAAGGACUUAAAAUAACAGGUAAAAAUUAACCCUCAAUACUAUGUGAUUUAAAAAAAGACAAAUCUCUUUCAACUUGAGAGGGUGUUAUCAUGGCAUAUUGAAUAAAGUUCCAGCACUUACUUUUGGUUA